AUGGUUCUCGAUCCUAUUACUGCACUUAGCCUUGCGGGCAACGUCCUCCAGUUUGUCGACUUCGGUUCUCGAGUCCUGUGCACAUUUCGUGCCAUCAAGGCUAACGGCGGCCUACCUGAAAUGGAAACACUUGAAACCUUUACGACGGAUGUUUUGGACUUGACUGCGCGAUUGCAGCAAUAUCCGCCCAGCAACAGCAAUCAGGAUGCAACUAGUUGGGAGAUUGGCAUUCUGAAAGCGAAUGAACGAUGUCAACGUGCCGCUAAGAUCCUGGUGGACGCGGUUGAGAAGAUAAAGAAACUCCACACCGAGCGUUUUGGGGCUAUUCGGCAGGCGUUUUCUUCGGUGGUCAAAGGGAGGGAAAUCAGUGCUCUUGCGCGAGAUCUCGAAACGGCGAAAACCGAACUCACUCUCCAUCUUGUUGCAUAUCUGAGCGCCCAACAUGACACCGACCUUGAAGAGUUGCUUCGUGCGAGCAAAACUGCCGAAGCCGCUCUGUUGAAGGCGGCAAGGAGCGACCAUGAGGAUAUCAGCUACCAACUAGACAGGCUGAAAGCAGUUAUUAAAGAAGAAAAUUCGGCCACUCAGAAGGCCAUAGGCGACUGGCAGUCAUCUUUUGGCUGUGAAUUGGCUGUGAAGUUAACGGGGAUCGCUGAGAACACCAGGCAGCAGGUGACAGAGGAAGCUCAGAAUAGGAUGCUGAUCAGCUUGUACUUUGUGCAGUGGGGAGACAGGGAGGCCAUGAUAUCUGAAGCUCACAAAUCAACCUUUGCAUGGAUAUUUGGUGAAGAGUUUGUGUCUUCAUUGAAGGAAACAAUAUUCACAGAUUGGCUGGAAAAUGACCAGCCCAAACAGGGCUUGUUCUACAUUAGAGGCAAGCCUGGGGCGGGGAAGUCAUGUCUUAUGCGCUAUUUGACCAGGCAUUCUCAACUGACGACUUCCUUGCGAAAAUGGGCUGGCUCGAGGAGACUACUUUUGGCAAGCUGCUUCUUCUGGAGGGCCGGGACACCACUCCAGAAAUCUCUGACGGGGAUGCUUAGAGUCCUCUUGUACCAGCUUCUCAAGCAGGAACCGUCGCUUAUGCGGAUCGCACACCCAGAGCGCUGGCAUACCUACUACUAUGGACAAGCGGAUUUGGACGACUGGUCGGAACAAGAGCUCACAGCUUCUAUUGCCCGUCUUUUCAGUCUGGCUUCUGGCUCUUUUCGGUUUGUGAUCUUAGUCGAUGGCCUGGACGAAUAUGAAGGUACGGAAUCACAGCGGCAAAACCUGGUCAAUAUGUUCGUCCGCAUCGCUUCGGAGCAUGACAAUGUAAAGAUAUGCGUCUCAAGUCGGCCGUGGCCUGUUUUCCAGGAAGGACUCAAACGGUUUUCGAGCCUCAAUCUCGAAGAUUUGACCAGAAAGGAUGUUGCCACUUAUGUGCGAGAUCAUUUCGAGGAGGAUGUGCAUUUUAGGGAGUUACGUGCCAUCAAACCUACGCAAUGCGACGAUCUCCAAUCCCAGAUCGUGGACAAGGCACAGGGCGUUUUCCUCUGGGUCAUCCUCGUUGUCCGAGAUAUGCUACAGCGUCUGCAAAACGGGGCAACAAUCACAAAACUUUUCCAAAGACUCGACAUGCUCCCUGCCGAGUUGGAUCACUUCUUCAUGCAAAUUGUCCAAUCGAUUGUUGCAUCGGAGCGCGCUGAUGCGGGAAAGAUUUUUCAGAUCGUGACAGCGCUACCAAAGGCGCACAGGACAGUGCUAGCCUUGUCGUUUACAGAGGAAGAGCACGUUGACUUUGCAUUGCAUCUCGAAGCCGAUGAUCUGGUGGAGCAAGCGAUUCAUCAGCGCAUAUCCUCAACAAAGCGACGACUUAACAGCAGAUGCAAGGGCCUCCUCGAAAUAGGAGCGGAGAUUAAGCGAGCAAGAUGGGUUGACUGGCAAGUUGAAUUCCUACACCGUACUGUCUACGAUUUCUUCUGUCAGAGCGAACUUUUGCGCACCCGACUCAGCGCAUACACCAGUGGCAGCGUAGAUGUGUCGCGGUACAUGUGUAAUGCGUCACUUGUGGAGUUUCUUGCUUUGGCAGAUACAGACAGCCUCCGAGCGAUGCACACGGAGGCUGGCGAAGACGGUAUUGCCACCGCAGUAACCUUCCUCCAAUAUUCCUCGCAGAACGACCGUGAAUCUGGUUCCGUGCCAUUCAGCCUUUUGACGGUCUUUCGACAACGGCUGAUUGCAAAAUGGGAUCCUUGGGGUUUGCGGGAUUGCGCGAGAGUAGUCAUGUUCCAGAAAAUGUUCAGUCAAUGGCGCUCUGUCCAUCCGCUCACGCACUGGCAAGGGGACAGAGGGUCUUUCUUGGGGUUGGCAGCCCAAUUCGGCUUGACUCGCUUCCUACGCGCACAGUUAGACGCAAGCUUUGUGGGGAACUUGGACAGGCUGCUCGAUCUCGCGCUGGAGCCUGUUCUCAUAUUCCAGCAGGAGAGGGUAACGCCUUCAUCUGAAAUUGUGGCUCUAUUGCUCGAACGCGCCCGGAAGCCUCUGACCGAUUUCUACGGCCGCGCAUCUCAGGUCAGGUUGGAAGACAAGGCGGCAAAGAUGAUCAGCCUCUUGGCUCGGUACAGCAAGCAAUUUCCAGACGGAAAAAUGGACGAGGCCUGGGCAGACGUGGUCGCUUUGCUCAUUGAUUACGGUCUGUUCCGUGUGCCACCGGUUUUUGGCAGGGAAGUCCAGAGUAAGACGUUAGAAUUCCUCGGGACGGAAGCCAGAGAGUGCUUGAGGGCUAACUUUGAGCCUGCCCAAGUGGAGAGACUGGAGGAUCUGAUAUUUAGGAAAGAAUACGAGUUUGUCAACACCAUAGAUGUACCACCGAGAUAG